CCUCAGGACGGGUACCGUAUGGUGCAGCAGUUCCAGUUCCUGGGUUGGCCGAUGUACCGGGACACGCCCGUGUCCAAGCGCUCCUUCCUCAAGCUGGUUCAUCAAGUGGACAAAUGGCAGGAGGAGUAUGACGGCGGCGAGGGGCGCACAGUGGUGCACUGCCUGAAUGGUGGCGGUCGCAGCGGUGUGUUCUGCAGCAUCAGCAUCGUGUGCGAGAUGUUGCGACAGCAGCGAUGUGUCGACGUCUUUCACGCUGUUAAAACUCUGAGGAACAACAAACCCAACAUGGUGGAUCUGCUGGAACAGUAUAAAUUCUGUUAUGAAGUUGCUCUGGAGUAUCUCAACUCUGCUUAACUUCAACAAGAACCUUCAUCAUGUUCACCCUCCAGAGGAUGAGGAGGUUUACUACUGACUGAAGGAGUAGAGGAGGGGGAGGAGGAGGAGGAGGAGGAGGAGGAGGAUGUAUUUGCACUGCCUUGUCAGACUGAAGUGUGACGUGCAGCAUGGACACACACUCACUCUGUUUGAUCUUAUUGUGUCACGUUGUUGUGUUUGUAUUGUUUCGUUGUGUUAAUGAACCAAAACAACGUCCGAUAAUCAAUACCUGACCCCCCCACACACCCCACCAGAAAACUGCACCCAUGUCUAUUCAGACUGUCAAAAUAAGAGCAGCUGAACCCACUGUGAUCACCUCCUGUCCUGUCAAAAUAAAAGCUGAGUGGAUGACAUUGUGAUUGUUGGAUAAGACGCUAAAACGACUGAUCGACGAUCAAUAAUCAUGUCACAUGUCAGCGGCUCUUCUUCUUCUCUUCCAGCUGAACUGAGGUUUGUGUUCAGAAACAGAGUGGACUGAGAACUGAGCCCUGUGGGACACCGUACGUUCAACUAUAAAGUUUUAACUGUAACAAACAGCUGAUCGAUGAUGAAACCACCUCAACUCACCGUCCACUUCCUUUAGUUGUGUUUCCAUGGCAACUGCGACUUUGAGUUGAGAUGAGUUGUGUUUUUUUUAUUUCCUCAGAGAAAAGACGUGUGAAGACAUUUGUCCGUCCGGUUGUGUGUCUUCUUCGUUGGUGCUUGAUGUCGACGGUCUCAGUCGUCAGCAGCUGUUCAUAUUGUAAAUAAAUCAACGGGAAACAGGAAGAAGAAUAUUUAUUCCUUCAGUCGUGGUCAGUGUCGUCGUGGUCGUUCUCCAGAAGCACAAAGAGAGAGAGAGUGAGAGAGACAGAGAGAGAGAGAGGGGGAGAGAGAGAGAGACCAAGAGCGAGCGAGAGGGGGAGACAGAGAGACAAUCAUGUUGCAUGAUUUUAAUCUUUUGAGCAACAGAACCACAGUUAAACCAGGGAACGACUCGUGGCUCUGGGUUGGUUUAACUCUGGUGAGUUGGUAAUGUUGGUUGAACCCUGUUAGUUUAUGGCUCUGGUGCUGAUGAGAACUUUAUUGUGAUGAAAUCUUUUAUUUAUGUCGUUAUGUAUAUUCCAAAUAAAAAUCUCUA